GGGGGGGGGGUGGGGGAUGUGGGGUAGUGUAUUAUAGCCUGCUGGCAGCGCAAUUCAUGUGGUGAGUUGCGGGAACGGUGAAUUUGCAUAGGUCGGUUAACUGCUUAUGAGGUGUGGGAUUUUCGCCACUUCGGUGUGCAGAAGAAGGGACAGCAGUGGAAUUGCUUCGCAGAGUGCACUUGUAGGAUUGUAAUGCAGCACUCUGCAGGGUCUUGAAAACUGUUUGUGGCACCUGGGUUGAUGAGCUUGAGUUGUGGUUAUCGUCGUAAUCGAGGUGUGGUUUUCCGGGAUUUGUGAUGAAUUCUACCCGAGUCUCACUCUUGCGUGGAAUUUUUUAGAGCAUCUACGCAAUGCAAUUGUAAAGUUGUGGGGUUUCGCGACCUUGACUUAUGGUUUAGGGUUUAGGUGCUCUGUUUGUGCGUGAGGCAUGUAUUUCACGCGUUCACUCCGUUUGCAAUUUUCAAGGGCCUACUCGUCAGUGGGAGGAGGGUCCGAGAAUGCAUACAAGAUACUUGGACUCCAAAAGGAUUGCAGUCCUGAGAAGGUUCGUGCAGCAUUUCGGGAGCUAGCGAAAGCAACUCAUCCGGACACGCAGCCUGGUCGUAGCGAGGCGUCCUCAAGUUCUCAUUUUGUCCGAGUAUUGGCUGCAUAUCAGAUUCUCGCAGAUCCCCGCAAAAGAGCACUUUACGACGCUCAACUGGCAGCGCGAGAGGAAGCCCAGAACAAGCAGGAAUUUUAUCAAUGGCAGCGUUACCGGACGAGAGACCAUUUCAAGAGAAGAAAAUCUGUUGAUCAACAAGUGGACCAAUCUGAGGCAGAGGGAGACUCCGCAGAUCACCAUGCACGCGUCAAUGAACCUGAAAGGCAGGAGUUUGUAUGCCCAGAGACAGAAGUUGUUGAGUGGCUGAAGGGGUACCGCUCUGCUGUGACAUCUGCUGUGCACCGGCGAGAAAUAGGUGUUGGGGGCGGACUUAUGGAAGGUGUGCGAGGGGAAUUAGGAUCUGCCUUGCGUAAAGCUUACCAUGGUCCUCCAGUCUACGAAGAGAACGGAAUACCCGUUUGUUUUGAAGCUGAGGAACGAGCUGAGCCGCAUGUGGGAACAGACAUUUUGCAGUUGGUUUCGGGGCACAAUCUCUUUGGCUUUGUGCGUGCUCAUCAGCAACCCACCUUGGAGGAUUUCCAGUGUCGCGUUAGGGUGAUUGAUGGCACGACACGAGUUAAUGCUUCCGAAUUUAAAACGGAGCAUUCACAUGUUAAUUUUUCUAAUCAUAAUACUCUGGGGCAUCAAGUACAUAGUCAUGCAAUGCACAAUGACAGAGAAGAUACAGGGAACGAAGCUGUGGAAUCAGAGUAUGUGGAUCUUGAGUUGCACUUAUUUGGAAAGGUGGUUGCAAGAGCAUCUAGGGUGCAGCCCAAGGUCGAUGGUUGCAGUACGGAUGGACUCAGGCCAACAGACUGCAUUUACGUGUAUUCCAUUGCAGCUCAAGAAAACCUUAAAGCUUCUGAGGAUAAAAGUCGGACUUUGAAUUCAGCGCCAAACCUCUUAGGAACUAUCCAUGGGCUUGGUGACGUGAAUCCUCGGCUGGUUUGCGCAGUGCAUGGCCCUGACGGGAAGUUAACUCACAAGAUUGUGCAACAUCGUUCUCCACUGGUUAAGCAUAUGACGUGGUUCAAAGAAGGUGGAAGUUGUGAGUGCCGGUGUCGCCGAGCAUCCUUGCUCCCGAGCAGGUAUUGGAUAUUCGCACCUCGCUCUGCAACACAUAAUAUUGGUGGGUGGUAUAUUGAAUCUUGGAACACACAAGUCCGUCACGUGAAAUAUCACAGUGGAGAAAGUGGGGACAAAUAUGGUGUGAUUUCAUCAACUGAUCAAGGGAAUCUAAGCAAAAUUGAUCCAGCAAUGUACAUAUUUGCUACGGCAUACAAGACUUUAGAUGAAGAGGCUGCUAAACGGCGCAAAUUCUCGAAAUUCAUAGAGUUCAGCACUAUGAUUUCCACCGUCAUGUUGUGGUGCAGAUCCAAGUUUAAGGUGUCUUGAGAAUCUGGAAUAUCCAUCCCAACAUUAACUCUUGAGGAUGCUUAUGUAUUUGAGGUUGAUAUAUUUGCAAACGUACACGUCUCACAAAGUAUGAUGUAUUGCAGUAAGUGUUUUGAAA